AUGUUCAAACUUGUUCCUAUCCUUCUUGCUUUCGCAGCUCUCACUUACGCUGACGCUGAUUGCGAAUACGAUUGUGAACCCAUCUACACCAUACAAUCUGACCCCUUCAACCUCGUCCUCAUAUCUGAAGAUCCUUCCCUGAACGGCAAAACGCUAUCUGCAUGCCAUGCAGGUGCAGCAAUUUUCACGCUUUGCCCCACGCUUUCAGAAGAAGGGGCGCAGUAUCCCGUUGUCCUGACCCACAACACAACCGACACUGCCAUCACAAACACCUUCGGCACCCAAGGCAUCCUCUCCUGGACCAUCCCCUACGACCCCUACCCCAUCGACCUCUCUGUGCUCCUCCAACCCCAAGACAUCGUUCCCCUAUCCAUUGCCCAACUCGCCAUGACCUACAGUGGCGACGGCAGCCUCUCCUUUGACAACAACGACGUACUGAAUUUCCAGAAUCCGAUUACUUGGGGGGCGGAGAAACCGGAAAUGGGGGAGUGGACGGGAUAUUAUCGCUGGUGGGUCUGCUUCACGUACUAUGGGACGGGAAUGCCUCACGACGCGGCUCUUGAGACCUGCCCAUGCAAUGGAUACGUCGAGUUUUGCCAGAGGAGGUUUUCCAACAUCUCUAUGGUCGUCGCACAUAACAGCCCAUUCGUGAGGCCACACAACGCAGCCAGCAACCAAGACUACCCAGUGCUUAAUCAGCUCAAUGAUGGAAUUCGAGGGUUGCAAUUCGAGACCCAAAAACCCAACGAGACCUCCGCUAUACGCCUCUGCCAUACCUCCUGCAGCCUGCUCGACGUGGGCACCCUCGAAUCAUACCUCGCAACAGUCAAAGGCUGGCUCGACCAGAACCCGUUCGAAGUCAUUGCUAUCAUGAUGGGCAACAACAACGGUCAGGAUACCCGAAACCCAGCGACAGACUAUAUCGCACCUUUUCAAAACUCAGGAAUUAUGGAAUACGUAUGGACACCGCCUUCGGCUAGUCUGAACCUGACGGACUGGCCCACAUUGGCCGAGAUGAUUAUUAGGACUAAGCGUGUCGUGGUGAUGUUGGACUAUGGUGCAGACCAGGAACAAGUCCCGUGGCUGCUCAGCGAAUUCAACUACCAGUGGCAAACCCCCUUUUCGCCAACCGAUCCCGCGUUCCCCUGUACGGAGCAACGACCCCCAAAUCAGCCAGAAGAAGUCUCACGCGAGCGCAUGUACGUGAUGAACCACAACCUGAACAUCGAAGUCAGCCUCCCGGGUGUAAGCAGCAUCCUCAUACCGGCAUACUCCCUUCUCGAUGAGAUCAAUGCUGUGUCCGGAAACGGCAGCGUUGGUCUUAACGUACAAAACUGCGAAAAAAUGUGGACUCGUCCGCCGAAUUGGAUACUCGUCGACUACUACAACUACGGCAACUUUAAUGGCUCUGUCUUCCAGGUUGCUGCGACGGCCAAUAACGUCACGUACAAUGAGCAGUCGUGCUGUGGCACAGAGGGUACCAGCGCGGCACAUAUUUUGAGAAGUCAAGGGCUUUCCAUAGCUUCAUUGUUCGUUGGCGCUUAUCUGUUGUGGUGA